AUUGGGUAAACUAUUUUCUAAAAAUUUAACUCACCUAUAGGUACGAGAAGCAAUCCUUUUUCCAAACAUAUGGAAUGUUUGUGAGUCUCGUACAGGCCACUAAACGUCUGUCAAAAGAUAAAAUACCAUUCCAAUAUGACAAAACCAUGUCAUCCGUCAUAUUAGGCUAGGAUACCAAAAUUUUGGUGUAGAAUUAUACACAGAAUAAAAACGUAAAAUGUAGAAAAAAAAACAGAAAAUGCCAAGCUACGAGGUGUGCCAGCACUGCAGCCACUCCGUGCGGAACAGCGACGCUGCCUUCAGAGGAUACAGCUACCACAGACAUUGUCGGAAGUGUUACGUGUGCAGCGAAACCGACCUGCACGGUGCGGAGGUAUUUAGAGGCGUCAUUUUCUGCGCAAGUUGUGCUAAACGCAUCUUCAGAGGUUGUUCAUCGGCUCGAAGAGCAAGGCCUGCGCGUACGCAGCGCCGCCGUCGUCGACGCGCUCCCGUGCACGGGGUUAUUGAGCGUGCACGAGCACAAUCUGACACUACCUCCUCACAGGAUAACAGCAAGACAGAGACCGCAGUGCCGGCGACGGACCCUCGUACCUGUCCCGUCUGCUACUGCGUUUCGGACGUCGUCACGCAGGCGCGUCGGCUCAUCAACUUCAUCUAUUACCAGACGCAGAAUCUCAUACAAAACGAUACAACCGAUAUCGCCCAAUGUACCGAAAUGUGCCAGCGUAUGCUUGAAGAUUUGAAGUGUCCGAUACCAGAGCCCAGGUCACAAGCAUUCCCAAUACCCUCGCAGCCCGACAGCCUCUUACGGAAUUCGAUGCCAGCGAAAAUAAGCUCAAGAGACACGGGCACGUCUCACUCGCAGUCCCGGUUUCACUGCAAACGCAGAGACAAAAAGAAGAUGAAAAAAGAAAAACCGUGUAGUGAUCUCAGGAUAGCAGAACUCGGCGCCUCCUUUGAGAUAGCUAAUAUGGCUUUGAGAAAGACGUCUACAAAAAAAGUGCAAUCUGAAUUUAAAAUAACGACGAAUGCUGACGCUCUGGAAACUAUCAGUAUGUUCACCAACGUAGACUCAGUCAUUUCCCACACAAGUAACGAAGAAUAUCUAGACUCGGAAUGUCACGAUUAUCGAGGAUCGAAGGAAUUGGACAGGGAUAUUCCGGACCAAAUACUUAAAUACAUAAUUAAACAUCCUUGCAAAUUCUUCAGAAAGAAGAUUCUACAACGCAGUUCCCUCAUCAGCGUGAUCGCUGGAAUCAACGAUGGCAAAGAUUACAGAUCAGCCUACGAACGUAUCAAAAGGCUUUUCCAUGAUGAGGUCUUGGAUCACCAACAUAAUGGAUACAAGAAACUUUAUUCAACUAUUAACAAGAAAAACACUCCUUACAAACUGGGGUGGCUUGAAGUUGAUGGGCCUGGCGACGGCAAAACUAGCCCGUGUAGACACUUUCACCAGUGCCACAGCUACCGGUGUAUGAGGAAGCAGGUCAUGCGUCUCGCUGGACCGACAAAGAGCAAAAUGGACAUCUUUCGAACGAAAAUCAAGAAGUUCGUAGUGCCUCCGUUUUUAAAGAGAAUAUCCUUUCAAUACAAGACUCCAGCCAUAGUGAAGCCCGAAGCUCGUGGCAAGAGUGACAGCCGACUGCCCAAGUCAUCUCUGACCUCAAAAUCACGGAGCCAUGAGAAGAAGAAAUGCGACUCACGGCUAAACAUGUCUUUACAUAAAAUGAAUCAUUGACAGGGGCUAUACCUGGGGGGCUAGCCAACAUGCCAAUCGUUAACGCUCCGUAGCGAACGAAAUGCAAUUGUCACUGUCGCGCUAAUAUGGAAGAGUGAUAAAGAGACGCUACGCUAAUGAGCGUUUACAAUUGGCAUGUUGGCUAUGCGGGCUGGGGGCUUAGCCAAGAUAAUCAUUUGCGGAAAACAGAAUGAAAUUAUCUCCCUAUAGUUCGUUUUUUUGCAUUAGAAAAAAGGUAACCAAUCUAAUUUUUUUUAAUCAAUUUUGUAAAAUAAGUCACAUCACAGCAAAUCCGUAUCAAUUAUAAAUCAUAUACGAUCUUUUACAUUCUUUUACUUUCAUAAUUAAUAUAAUCUAUUAAUUUAAAAGCGUUUUCAAUAAUUUUCAAUAAAAAGACACGUCAAGAUUGUUUACCUUUUUUUUUAAUGCUAAAAAAACGAAAACCACUCAUCGAAUUAACACGUGAAUAAAAACGAACAUAACACGCGAGUUUAAACAGUGAAAUGAGUGCGAUAGAGACGGGUAGUAGCGUUUCGUUUCGUUUCUCUGCGAACGAUUGUCAUCUUGGCUAAGCCUCCUGGGGUCUCCAACCAGCGGCCCGCGAGCCACCCUUUCAAAAAGUCAAAAGUUUGGAGGCCCGCGUGAGCCUGGCCGUGGCCCUCGACUCAAAAGUUGAUCCUGAGACCCCUAGAUAACGAAAGGAAAAGGCGCCAUAAACCUUUAACCUUUUGAACGCUUUGAGUCAUAAACAUAAACGUCACUAACAAGCCAAGGUCCCGGACCCGGGCGCAAGCGAGCUUACUUGAAAGUGUGAAGGUUACUUUGACAGCGUCCGCCAUAACACUUAAAGUUGUACUUGGUGCUAUGGGCACUAAUAGUUACGACGCCUUUAGGUGUUAUUGGCGUUCAAAAUAGUUAAGAUAUUGGUAUAUUCUCGGGAAAAUUUAUAGAAAUUAUUCAUUCACAUAAGUUUAAAUCGAUUAUUGCUCUAGGUACAUAUUUUGAUCCGUUACGAGGAUCAUCAGCAGGAGCUAUAACUUCAGCGAGUGCACGGCGCACACUACAGGCACGGCCAUGCGCCCUGAUCGCUAUCAAUUUCAAAUGGACUUCACAUUAAUUACUUGACAAUUUAUUUCAAAUUCAAUUGCCAAUAUUUUUAACGUUGGACCUUAGGAGGAUAUAUGUGACAUUCCAAAUCAAAAGGGACCUUAUGGCGGUCGCUUACGCCAUUAUUAGCGCGUCAAUACUAAUGCGGUACAGUCAUGUCUGAAAAUAUCGAUACGAAAAAAGUGCCAAAAAUAUGUAUACUCGACUUAAUUGCCCAUAUAUUAAGGUAGGUAGUGUAUACAUAUUUUUGCCACUUUUUUCUUAUCGAUAUUUUCAGACGCGACAGUACUACGACGUAAGCACCGACCGCCAUAAGGUCUCUUUUGAUUUGGACUGUCACAUAUGUCAUAUGUAUAAUCGGCUUGCCGUUCAAAGGGUUAAAAUAUUUGGGUCUUAGAAACAAAUGUAAUAAAAACAGCACUAUUUAAAAUACAAUUUAUUCUUAAACUAGAA